AUGCGCACAAUUGCGUUCGUGACAGCACAGAUGCGCUGUUGCAAACACAAUUGUGAUCCUGCAAUAGCAAUUGCGGCGCACAAAAUGAGUCAUCGAAAAUUUGAACAUCCACGUCAUGGUUCGCUCGGCUUUCUACCAAAAAAACGUUCACGUCGUCAUCGUGGUAAAGUAAAAUCAUUCCCAAAAGAUGAUCCAAAAAAACCGGUUCAUCUGACAGCAUUUCUUGGCUACAAAGCUGGAAUGACGCACAUUGUCCGAGAAGUCGAUCGUCCUGCUUCAAAGUUGAAUAAAAAAGAAACGGUUGAAGCUGUCACCAUUAUUGAAACACCACCUAUGGUUGUUGUUGGCGUUGUUGGUUAUAUUAAAACACCACGUGGUCUAAGAACAUUUAAAACAAUAUUUGCUCAACAUUUAAAUGAAGAGUGUCGUAGACGAUUUUAUAAAAACUGGUAUAAAUCCAAACAUAAAGCAUUUUCAAAAUAUUCAAAAAAAUGGGCGGAUGAUAAUGGUAAAAAAUUAAUUGAAAAUGAGUUUAAACAAAUGCAAAAAUACUGUAAAUGUAUUCGAGUACUGGCACAUACACAAGUGAAAUUAUUGCGUAAACGUCAAAAGAAAGCACAUAUUAUGGAAAUACAAUUGAACGGUGGUACCAUUGAGCAAAAAAUUGCUUAUGCACGUGAGCAUCUUGAAAAACAAGUUCCAAUUAAACAAGUAUUCUCAAAAGAUGAAAUGAUCGAUGUUAUUAGUGUAACAAAAGGUCGUGGUGUCAAAGGUGUUACAUCUCGUUGGCAUACAAGAAAACUACCGCGUAAAACACAUAAAGGUUUAAGAAAAGUGGCAUGUAUUGGCGCAUGGCAUCCAAGUCACGUAUCGUUUACUGUUGCACGUGCUGGACAAAAGGGUUAUCAUCAUCGUACAGAGAUAAAUAAAAAAAUUUAUCGUAUUGGUGAUGCUAUACAAACGAAAGACGGAAAAACAAUUAAAAAUAAUGCAUCAACGGAACAUGAUCCUACUGAUAAAUCAAUUACACCAAUGGGUGGCUUUCCCCAUUAUGGUGAAGUGAAACAAGAUUUUAUUAUGAUCAAAGGUUGUUGUAUGGGUCCGAAAAAACGUCCAAUUACAUUACGAAAAUCAUUAAUACAAACUUCAAAACGUUCACAUCGUGAAGUUAUUGAUUUACGUUUUAUUGAUACAUCAUCCAAAUUUGGUCAUGGGCGAUUUCAGACACAUGAAGAAAAACGUGGAUUUAUGGGACCACUCAAGAAGCAUCGUGUCCAAGAAGAACAACAACAACAGCAACAAUCUCAACCACAAUCAACGUAA